AUGAUCGAGGCAUUGCGACUUGACGAGGCGCUCCUCAACAACAUGGGGGUGCGGCAGGCAGUGCUCAAUCAGGCACAAGCACGCGAACCAACGUUUGAAGCCGCACAGGUGAUGCCCCCUCCCGGUUUUGGAUACGGUCCUCCUCCGGGGCUUGAGCUACCCCGCUGCAAGGUCUCUAUGGACAGCCUCCUUGAAGCCUCAACGCACAUCUCCGACGAUGUGGGCACUCAAUUCCGUGACGAUGGCAGCAGAGUUUCGUUCUCAUCAAAUCAUUCGGCCUCGGCCUCUCAGUGUGAUAUCAAUUGCUUGGGCAGCAUCUCUGAGUGCAAGUUUCUCAUCAAUGAUCUUCACAAUUUUGGCGCAAUUCUUCUAAGUAGACUUAACAAUGCAUCUCAAACCUUUGAGCCUGUGGACGAGGAACUUACAAUGGCCACCGGACAGAUUUGUGUCAUUGUCGAGGAGCUCGUAUCUGAGGCUGAGCAAGUGGCCUUGGAGCUGUCCUUUGCAAGCCAAAACGAAGUGCUGCAUUUGAAGCUCUAUGGAAGCAUUAAACAGGAUCUUGCGCUUGAUGCAGUGGAGAAGCUCGCGAAGCUGAGGAACCGAACUCGCAAAGUGCGUUCGGACUAUCUUUGGAUCUUGGAGCGUCUCCGCUACUUGAGCAAGUGUGUGGAAGCUGUUUGGGAUGACAGCAUGGACCGGGGGGAAGCAUCUUGCAUCUCUGAUCUCCUGGAACUGGGCAUGAACCACAUCGAAGUAUCAGCGGACUUUUUGGAGGAUUGCUCCGAUUUUUGGAUCAUGCUCCACAAGGCUGAGCUGCAGUUGCCAGAUUUGAAAGAGGACAAGACGCGCGACCGCAAGGUAAAAAAAGCCACCGAGCACCGCCGAGCAUGA